AUAAAAGUGUUCAUAUCACUCGUAACUUAACUGUUUAAGAUGAUAUUGUGGUUGACACUGAUAGCUUUGGGAUUGUGGACUGUGGUGUUCCGAUACAGGAGGAGAAGGCUGUACAAGCUGGCCUCUCUGAUCCCGGGACCGGAGGAUGAGAACCCUUUGAUCGGACUGGCUCAUAAGUUUACCGGGGAUGAUGAGGAUAUCAUGUCGGCGUUACAACGAUAUAGCUACGUGACAAUGGAACUCGACGGGCUCAUGAGAGGAUGGCUAAAUCAUAUAUUGUAUUUUGUUACUCUUAAUCCUCAAGACAUGGAGGUAGUCCUGAAGACGUGUUUGGAGAAGGAUGAUUUGCACAGAUUUAUCAGGAAUAUUAUUGGAUAUGGCAGCAUUUUCGCACCAGUUCCAAUCUGGCGAAGACGCCGCAAGAUCUUAGUUCCUGCAUUCAGUCCAAAAAUAGUGGAGAACUUUGUGGAAGUGUUUUCUCAGCAGAGCCAGGUGAUGAAGAAGAAACUAGAGACAUGUUGCAACAAGGGGCCCUUCAGUUUGUGGCCCUUUGUCAGCACUUACACUCUUGACUCUGUUUGUGAAACAGCAAUGGGUGUGAAAAUCAACGCUCAAUCGAACCCCAACUCCACCUUCCUUACAUCCAUGAACUCCAUCCUACACUUGGUCUGCCAGAGGAUCUUUCAUCUUUGGCUGCAACCCGAGUGGUUGUACAAGUUGUUCCCGAGGUCCCAAGUUCAUGAAAAGUGUAUGAAGACUCUGCACAGUUUUACAGAUGGGGUUAUCAAAAUGAAGCGAGAUGAAAUAAGAAUGGAAAUCAGUAAUAAAUCAGAAGCAGAUUGUGAAUAUGACUUAGGAAAUUACAGACAGAAAACAUUCCUUGAACUCCUUAUAACCCUUUCUGGUGGUGAGAAGGGGUUCACCGACAUUGAACUGAGGGAGGAAGUUCUGACCCUCACAAUAGCUGGUACUGACACAUCUGCGGUUGCUAUUGGUUACACUUUAAAGUUACUCUCUAUGUACCCUCAUAUACAGGACAAAGUUUAUGAAGAGUUAUAUGAAAUUUAUGGUGAUUCAGAUCGCCCAUUAAUUAAGGAUGAUAUAUGUAGACUAAAAUACCUCGAGAGGGUGGUGAAAGAAUCCCUUCGUUUAUUUCCGCCUGUGCCUUUCAUUAUCAGGAAGGUUUUAGAAGAUACUAAAUUGCCGUCAGGCCGAAUCCUUCCAGCUGGUUCUGGAGUGGUGGUUUCCAUUUGGGGAGCCCAUCGGGAUCCCAAGUAUUGGGGUCCGGACGCUGAAGUGUUCGACCCAGACAGGUUUCUACCAGAGAGGUUCAAAUUAUCUCACCCAUGCAGUUACAUGCCUUUUAGCAGUGGGCCCAGAAAUUGUGUUGGUUACCAAUACGCUUUGUUGUCGAUAAAGACCGCUUUAUCGACAAUCCUGCGCAGUUACCGAGUAGUCGGUGACGCCCAGACUACCGCCUCUCCACGAAUCAGAACCAAGAUGGCCAUCAUGAUGAAGGAUGUCGAUGGCUACAAAGUGGCUUUGGAGAAGAGAAAACCGACCAGCAAUUAAUAGUGAAAUACAUGAUUGCUUGUUUUUUUUAAAUGAAUAUAAUAUCAUUGUUAUGUUGUGAUCUAACCGAAAACUAAAUUAUUGUUAAACUUAUCUUAAAGGAAUCAACCAUUUUCAAUCUCUUCCAUAAUUCUUGUACUCAGCACAGAAAUGAUAACAAAAUUUCAAAUGCUGAAAUUUA